UAAACUUUAAAGUUUUACGGCUAAUGAUAUCUGUACUGCCGUGGUAUGUACAAUGAGUGAUCACAUAUAAUAAUCUUUAGCAAGGUCUAUCGUUGAUGCAUACCUGUAAGGAUUUAAUUAGAAGAAUGACAGAGGACCGUCUUUGUCUUAUCUAAGGGUAGUCUACUAUGUAUGUCAAGGCCGAAUAGAUAUCAAGCGUGUGCUUUGUGAGAAGAGAUGGCGGAGGUUUUAUUAUGGGAAGACUACUUGACGAUAGCACUGUAUUUUGCAGUUGUACUUUCACUGGGAAUAUGGUCUACGUUCAAUCAGAACAGAGGAAGCACUAAAGGUUAUUUUCUGGCUGGCAAAAAUAUGUUAUGGUUUCCGCUCGGUGCAUCUGUAUACGCGAGUAAUGUAGGAGCACCAAUGUUUGUCGGAUUGUCUGGAACAGCGGCGGCCAGCGGUAUAGCGGUUACCAUAUAUGAAUGGCACGCAGUUUAUAUCAUUAUUUCUUUGGGGUGGAUAUUUGUUCCAGUUUAUAUUGCGUCUGGGGCCUUUACGAGUCCAGAAUAUCUGAAGAUGAGAUUCGGUGGCAAGAGGAUUAGGGUGUGUACCUCAUUGAUCAUGCUCAUCUCCUAUAUUCUCAGGAAUAUCAGUGGUGAGAUAUUUUGUGGGGCAAUCUUCAUGCAGCAGCUACUCGGAUGGAACCUGUAUAUCAGUGUCUCAGCCAUCCUGGUUGUCGUCGCUAUCUACACAAUUAUUGGAGGUCUACGGGCGGUGAUUUUUACUGACACGUUGCAAACUGGUAUACUUGUGGCCGGGGCAGUAACUGUUUGUAUUGUAUCUUUCAAAGAAAUUGGUAACUGGCAAACAAUGGAGGUAAAAUACAUGCACGCUGCCACAAAUUACACCCUUGCCAAUCAGUCACUAUACAGCUGCGGCAUGCCACGUGAGGACGCCUUCCAUAUAUUUCGCGAUCCAGUUAAUGGCGACAUUCCCUGGACGGGCUCUACAUUCGGACUUACAAUUCUAGCGUUGUUCGUCUGGUGUCAAGAUCAGCUAAUGGUUCAGAGAUGUUUGUCAGCUAAGAAUUUAGCUCAUGCCAAAGGAGGAACCUUGUUUGCUUCUGCCUUGAAGUUUCUCAGCUUUCCAAUGUUUGUCCUGCCUGGAAUGAUCAGCAGGAUAUUAUACACAGAUGAAGUUGCAUGUGCUGACCCUGAUGACUGUACAGAAAUCUGCGGCAGUCCUUCCGGUUGUUCCAACAUUGCUUACCCACUUCUUGUUCUCCGCAUACUGCCAGUAGGAAUCCGGGGACUUAUGUUAGCAGCACUGUUGUCUGCAAUAAUGAGUACACUAACAUCUGUAUUCAACAGUGCAAGCUCAUUGGUUACGCUAGAUCUCUGGGCUCAUUUUCGAAAGAACGCCGGUCAAAAAGAACUCAUGGUAGUAGGCAGAGUUACAGUUCUUGUUUUAGUUGGAAUCAGUAUUCUCUGGUUACCUAUACUUCAGCAGCAACAAGGUGGGAUAUUGUGGUUCUAUCUGGCAUCAAUUGUUGCCUAUUUUUUCGUUCCUUGGUGUGUGGCUUUUCUUCUUGGUCUGUUUUGGAAACCUACUACAGAGCCUGCUAUCUUCUACGGAAUGUCAUUUGGACUGCUGGUUGGUAUUAUUCGGAUGGGUUUGGAUUUUUCUGUAGCUCCGCCCUACUGCGGUAGUGGAGAACCAGACGAGAGGCCACUUAUAUCUGCCAAAUUGGAUUUCUUACAUUUUUCAAUCAUCAACGGUAUUAUCUGCGUGGUGGUCAUGGUGAUCAUUAGCUUCUGCACGACACCUAGAAGUGAAAAACAGUUACACCGGUUAACUUGGUGGACUAGGCACGAUGACGAGGAACCUGAACUAACUGAUAACGAAGACGAAGAAGAUAAUGAAAUUGGUGAACUGGAUACAGCUGAAACAGACAUCGCUGCUGCUACUAAACUUCAGCCGAUAGAAAUAGAACAAGAUCCGGCAACUUUUUCUUUCCGUGAAAGAUGUAAAAUAGCAUUUUUAUCGUGGAUAUGUGGGAAUCCAGAAACCGGAAGUACUAAAAUUUCAGCGGAAGAACGUGCAAUAAUACGUCAGAAAAUGACGUCUAUUAAAGAAAGUCGUAAGGCGACUAUAAUUCUAAACGCUGGAGCCGUGAUCCUGAUCACGGCUAUAACUUUUUUAUUUGGAUAUUUUGCUUGACAUCAAUAUUGUAAAAUAAAUCAUUGUUAAUAUUA